CCAACUUUAUUUUACAUUUUUAUAUUUAUACAAUGCACAUAAAGGAGCCAUUUACUUUUUUAAAUGCAAGAUGGUGUUUUCCCUGUAUGGGAGUGGUGUUACCACAAGGACGACUGGAAUUUCUUCACGACGCAACAUUUUCUGAUCCCAAUGAAGUGUUGUUUGUAAUGGCCAUGUACUUGGUGUUUCUGAUAAAGGUUUUCCCAAAAUUUAUGGAAAAGAGGACGCCAUUUUCCCUGAAAACUUUCGUUUUCUUUCUUAAUAUAUUCAAAGCUUGCAAUUCUUCAAUAUUAGUGUGGCGGUUCUUCCGGCACCUGCUGUCUGCCGGACUCUUUCCUCUGGGAUGCUAUCAUGAUUACUACAAAAUUCACCCAAUCGGCUUCUUCUACUACAAAUUCAUGGCCACAAAGGUCCUCGACCUGGCCGACUCCUGGAUCCUGGCGCUGCAGAAGCGGACCUCUGACGUCACGUUCCUGCACGUCUACAACCGGGUAUUCCUCGUGCUGGUCAGCUGGACUUGCAUGAAGUACGACCCGUCCGACCACUGGGCGCUGUUUGCGAUGCUCAACUCUGCCGUGCAAGUCCUGGGGUACGUGGCCACGGCGGCCGCGGUGUUAGGGCCGAGGGUGGCGAAGUAUGUUGUGUGGAAGGAUAACAUGCUGUUGUUGCAGACGAUACAUUACAUGGUGAUAUUCGUGCACAUGUUGCUGCACAGCUGCUUCACCAACUGCCCGAUGGACACAGUGGUGCUCAGUGUGUGCGGGCUCAACGCGGCUGCUUUCGUUGUACUGUUGCUGUGCUUUGUGUAUUCACGAGGCCUCCCGGGGCAGACCAAUAAUAUAAAUUCAAUAAAUCAAUAAAAAAUCUAAUUAAUUA